AUGGCAACCACACCUCCUCAUCACAACACAGCACAAGCAAGACACACGCACACACUCUCUAUCUGAGCCAGGCAGCAAUAGCUGCAGCAGCAAUGGCGAGACUAGCGCUGGUGCCGGCGGCCAUGGCGGCCGCGCUGGUGGUGGUGCUGCUGCUGGCCGCGGCCCCGGCGCCGGCGGCCGCGAUCGAGUUCGGCGCGGAGGAUCUGGCGUCGGAGGAGGCGCUGUGGGCGCUAUACGAGCGGUGGCGCGGCGUGCACGCGGUGGCGCGCGACCUGGGCGACAAGGCCCGGCGCUUCAACGUCUUCAAGGAGAACGCGCGCCUCAUCCACGACUUCAACCAGCGGGACGAGCCGUACAAGCUCCGCCUCAACCGCUUCGGCGACAUGACCGCCGACGAGUUCCGCCGCCACUACGCCGGCUCCAGGGUCGCGCACCACCGCAUGUUCCGCGGCGACCGGGGCGACGCCGCCGGGUCGUCCUUCAGGUACGCCGCCGCGCGCGACCUCCCGGCCUCCGUCGACUGGCGCCAGAAGGGCGCCGUCACCGACGUCAAGGACCAGGGCCAGUGCGGGAGCUGCUGGGCGUUCUCGACGAUCGCCGCCGUGGAGGGCAUCAACGCGAUCGUGACCAAGAACCUGACGUCACUGUCGGAACAGCAGCUGGUGGACUGCGACACCAAGGCCAACGCCGGCUGCAACGGAGGCCUCAUGGACUACGCGUUCCAGUACAUCGCCAAGCACGGCGGGGUGGCCGCCGAGGACGCGUACCCGUACCGGGCCCGGCAGGCCGCCUGCAGGAAGGCCGCCGCCGCCCCGGCAGUGAGCAUCGACGGGUACGAGGACGUGCCGGCCAACGACGAGGCGGCGCUGCGCAAGGCGGUGGCGCACCAGCCGGUGGCGGUGGCCAUCGAGGCCAGCGGUUCGCACUUCCAGUUCUACUCGGAGGGCGUGUUCGCGGGGCGCUGCGGCACGGAGCUGGACCACGGCGUGGCGGCCGUCGGCUACGGGGUCGCCGCCGACGGGACCAAGUACUGGGUGGUCAAGAACUCGUGGGGCCCCGAGUGGGGGGAGAAGGGGUACAUCCGAAUGGCCCGCGACGUGGCCGCCAAGGAGGGGCUCUGCGGCAUCGCCAUGGAGGCGUCCUACCCCGUCAAGACCUCGCCAAACCCAGUCAAGCCCCGCGCCGCCGCCGCUGCCGGCGACGAGGACCUCCACGACGAGCUCUGAAUUAAUUCUGAGUCGUCGUCCGAUCGAUGAUCUGAUAUGGAUCGAUCGAGUGGAGUGGAGUGACUGAAUAAUUAAGCACUACUUAACUUAUUACCUACUCUAUCUAUCUAGUUAUUAUAUACUGAUCGAUGGAAGACUUGCACACUAUGUAACACUACCGUUCGUCCGUGCAUGUAGUACGUACGUUCGAGAGGUGAUCUACAAGCAAGCAGCUUACAUUAUCUAUCCAGUAUAUAUGAUGUAACUCAUUAUUAAGACUUUAUUAUUUGAGACAUCUAUCAACAUUGCUAUAUAUCA